GACCAAGAUAGAUGUGGUUGACGUCAGAGUGCAGGCAGUUUUUCUGUAAGGUAGUGGACACUGCCUCGUCUGAUCCAGAGGGGAACAUACGGUUUCUCGCGUGGACUACGUGAAGUAGCUUUUGACUCUGCACAGCAAGAAUUUGAGGUCAUUUUGGGUUGCAAGGAGUGCAUGAUAUGGCUGCUCAAGGUCAUUCAUAUCCUGCUUAUGAGCCCAGUGCUCCUCCGUAUCCACCAGUCCAAUCUCAGCAAGGUCCUUACCCACUGCCUCCACAUCAUUAUGGAGCUCCUCCACCUGUCUCUUUUGCAGGUCCUUAUGCAGCUCAACCCAGUUAUGUUGUCUAUCAUGGCAGUUCUCCCAUGGUAAGUCACCAGACAGGUGUAUCAACACAACCCCAGGCACAGUGGAUGCAAGCACCAACUCCUAUUCCUAACUGUCCACCAGGAUUAGCGUACCUUACAUUGAUUGACCAGAUACUUGUUCAUCAGGUUACUGAGCUUAUUGAAGCCUUAAUAGGGUAUGAGACCAAAAACAAGUAUGAAGUAAAAAAUGGCUUGGGGCAGAGAGUUUAUUACGCAGUUGAAGACAGCGAAUUGUGUAAUCGAAUAUGUUGUGGAUCUAAUAGGGCAUUUAUCAUAAAGAUUUUGGAUAACGUAGGGCAAACCGUCAUGCACCUUGUGCGCCCUUUAGGAUGUGGAUCUUGUUGCUGCCCUUGUUGCUUACAUCAGAUGGAGGUUCAAGCACCACCAGGAAAAGCUAUUGGCUACAUUGUCCAGGAAUGGCAUCCUUUUAUACCCAAAAUGAGCGUCCUGAAUGAAAGGCGUGAAACAGUAUUGAAAAUUAGAGGUCCCUGCUUGACAAUGAGUUGUUUUGGUGAUGUAAACUUUGAAGUUGUAAGCCCGGAUGAGGCCACUGUUGUUGGAAAGAUAUCGAAGCAAUGGUCAGGUCUUGUACGUGAAUACUUCGCAGAUACUGAUAAUUUUGGAAUUCAGUUUCCUAUAGAUUUGGAUGUUAAAAUUAAAGCUGUUCUCCUUGGAGCAAGCAUAUUUGUGGAUUUUAUGUACUUCGAGCAAAAUUCUGGAGCGGGACCUGGUAGAGUUUGGCAGAUGUGAGCCACAGAAUAAUGGAGUUUAGCCAGAGUAUUAUGGUGCAUCAGAAAGGUUAAAAAUGAUCUGCGCAGACAGUGUUGAUGUUCAGUUAUGUGCCUAAAUUCAGCAUGGAUCCACAGGAAUGAAGAGGAUUCACUGGUGUUCCUUUGAGAGCUUGCAGUUAUUCACCUGCUGCACAUUAUGAUUAAUAGAAUGGUAUGUUUUGUGUCAUUUUUGAAAUGUAGAUUAAUUUAAAAAUGUUUUUAUAUCACAAGUUUGUGAUUUAUCAAUGUAUACUUUACUGCCUGUUAAGAUUAAAGAAAAUGUACAUUUACCACAAUAAGCUAUAGUAGUAUUCUGGGAAUUUCCUUGCAUCUGUCCUUUAUAAUGUUAUAAUUUCAGUGGAAAGCCAUGUAUUGUAGAUCACAAGGGAUUCUGACACUUUUGGUCACUGAUGUUCAGUGGGACCAGACCCAAGCUAAUUCAAAGCAUUACGUUGUGAUUGCUCUGUUUUCAUAUUCAGUUGUAGCCAGUAUGUUCAUUUGCAUCAGACCACACCUCUACAGUGUAGAAUUUUAGCAUCAAUGUUUGAUUUCAUUAAUUAUGUAAUACAUAACUUUUUAAUUUUAAUGUUCUUGCAUACAUAAGUGUUAUCCAAAUGUAUGGUAAGC